AUGAAUCACUACCUCUUUCUUUGGCACUCUUGUGCCCUUCUUGCACUCUCAGGUGUUACAUUCAGCCAAUCACCUAGAAAUCCCUUAAUCUCUCUGCCAGCAGGUUCAUCCAACCAGACGAGUUUGGCAGGCUCAGAUGUCCAUGCGGGUGUAGCUAACACCUUCAACGUAGCUUUACACGACCCAACCGUAGCACUCGGCACGCCCGGGAUGGAAAUCGGAAUAAAUUGUCCGGCAGCAGUACGAUGGAAUGAAGAAUACGCGAGGAAUCUAACAAUUCAAGGACCAACAGAUGAUGAAAAAGAACAAGAAUGGAUUGUCUCUUACAUGGCCCAACAUCCCGACCAAACACUAUGGGAAUUAUUUACGAAAACACUGGGUGAAGACCUGCAGAAAUGGGUCAAUGGCCCUAACCCUGUCGAGAAAGCGGCAGACGGCGUUGUUCACUUUACGGCCGGUGUGAUCGAGCAAUUUAUAACCAUGAUUUGGGCCGCCUUCAAGUGGGUCGUCAAGUUUCCCUUUGAAUUCAAGAAGGAAUGGCAUCAGGUCAAAAGCCUGGGUGCCAAAUUGUGGGAUGGGACCAAGACAGCAGCACAUCUGUUUGCCCAAAGCCCAAUAAACGGACUCAAAACGGUCACUGGUGGAUUAUUUUUGCAUCUGUUAUUACAUCCAGAGGAAUUUACAGCAGUGUCAAUCCUGCUGGUUGGUGCUGGACUUCAAGUGAUUUAUUGGCUGAUGAUUGGAAUCGAGGCCCUAGCUGGGAGUUUACCACCAAACGUAGGGAAAGGAUCAAUGAGUGCUCUAUGGUUCCUUCAUUCAUUGGACGACCCACUUUUGAUCCUGACACCAAUUUUCACAAACACGGCUCAAGCGCUCCAGGCAGGAAAAGCCGGUAUAUUACUCGAUGUAGCAAGUAAAGAGAAUGGUGGAUUUACGUCUGACGAUGGAAGUAAAUCCGUCACCUUACCCGCCGCAACGGUAUUACCAGCCUCAAAGCAAUGUCCACUUUUGCCGCCGGAUCUAGGCGCGCCGCCCUUGACUUACGGCAAUCUAUGUCUCAGCCCAAACUCUAAUAAAGUUAGAGAAAUCAUCUUUGGCACACCAAAGCCUUCACACGAACUGACUCGUGAAGAACAAUUAGAGGCCUUUAACCACGUCCAAAAGUUCUGGUGUUGCUACGGGGACAGCAAAACGAAUUCAAUCCCCAUUCCGGAUGCUAUCUUGCAGGAUAUUCGUGUUAGAGAACACUGGGAAGGUAAAGCCUUUUGGAAAUCUGUUGACAUUGACUGCCAGAAAAUCUUUGAUGAAAACCCCAGACCUUCCAGUGGAAGAUUGACCAUCGAGUUGUGA